GAACAACCCAUCACUACCCUCCAGCAGCAGCAGCUCUCAUCUCAUCCAGAAAGAUUCAGCCCGCUGUCUGUCUGUCGGAGCCUCCACGUCUGUCAGGCCCUGCUGUUGACUACAGAGGAAUCUCAACCUCUGGGAUCUGAGUUAAAAACAUUUACGAUAAUGCCAACAAUAAAAUUACAGAGCUCCGAUGGGGAAAUCUUCGAGGUGGAUGUUGAGAUAGCAAAACAGUCUGUCACCAUCAAGACCAUGUUAGAAGAUUUGGGAAUGGAUGAUGAAGGAGAUGAUGACCCAGUCCCCCUCCCUAAUGUCAACGCUGCCAUCCUCAAAAAGGUGAUUCAGUGGUGCACCCAUCACAAAGAUGACCCUCCUCCUCCUGAAGACGACGAGAACAAGGAGAAGAGGACAGAUGACAUUCCUGUAUGGGACCAGGAGUUCCUUAAAGUGGAUCAAGGCACCUUGUUUGAACUCAUUCUGGCCGCCAACUAUUUGGACAUCAAAGGUCUGUUAGAUGUCACCUGCAAGACGGUGGCCAACAUGAUUAAAGGCAAAACCCCGGAGGAGAUCAGGAAGACGUUCAACAUCAAAAAUGAUUUCACAGAGGAGGAAGAAGCCCAGGUACGCAAAGAGAACCAGUGGUGCGAAGAGAAGUAAGGGGGGAGAUCCUGCCAACACUACCACACUGAAAAGGAAUUGUCCCCGCUAACUGGUUGCACUGGUGUUGUUCAUACUUGUCAAUAUUUACAUUUAGUAUAUUUAGAGCCACAUACUCCUCUCUUUCCCUUCCCUCAAUUUCUGCAUACCCAUAGCAUGACCAUGUUAACCUGCCCGUGUGUCGUCAUUAUUUAAACUAAGAAGCUCUUUUCUGUUUCUACACACAAACACACACACACACACACACACACACAUACACACACACACGCGUUGUGUAUUCAGAUAAAUAGACCCGGUUUCAUGGAUUGAAGAUUAGAAGAAAGUUUCCCUAUUAUUAAUCGCAACAGUUGACUUUUUUACUGGACAUGUUUUGUUUUUCUUUUAGGUUUCAUGGAUUGAAGAUUAGAAGAAAGUUUCCCUAUUGUUAAUCGCAAAAGUUGACUUUUUUACUGGACAUGUUUUGUUUUUCUUUUAGGUUAAUUGAUUAAAUAAAAUGUCUUUUUUUGAGAUGAAAGGGUGAAUAUUUUAUUUUUGCUCUGUAAAUGCAUCCGUCAUGUGAAACCAUAUUAAACAGGGGGGGAGGACUGACUGUUUUAAAGGAAAAGUGAAGUUUGAGGUGGAAAGAUGUUGUUUUUUUUUUUUGGCGUUAACGUCCUUUUGGACUCGGAAGUAGUUCAAGCAUCGAGUAACUCAUUCCUAAUUCAUGUUGUUUUGAAUUGGAAACUUUUUCUCAGAUAAAGCUCUUGAUGCUGACUUUUGGGAUGAUCAAACAUUUAUUGGAGGAGUAAAUAAAAUGUAUAAAAUGGC